CGAAUAACUAAGGAACAGAUCAGCCCAGCCCAUUAACACUGACAAUUGACAAGCAGGCAACUUUACUUUCCAUCGCGACACUUCCGACCAACGAUUUCUCGUUUCAUCCACCGAACCGACACCUUUACCUACAGCCAGAUAUUUCUCAAUGGAGAUCUACCAAGUACCGGCGAGCUUUCCUUUUCGACUUUGUACUUUUCCUAGAAAUUUGAAGUCAACUUUAGUGUCCUGUUCAGCGUCCGUUAACAGUUCACAUUCCCAGUCCAAUAAGAUUGAGUUUGAAUAUCGGAAUCGUAUGUUUAUUCUCGGAAUGGGAUUUGUCGGGCAAUUCAUUGCGCAGAACCUCGAAAAAGAAGGCUGGGCUGUUACUGGAACUUGCACGAGCACGAUGAAGAAGAAGGAACUUGAAAAGAGAGGAUUUGAUGUUUGCCUUUUUAAUGCCAAUGAGCCAGAACUGAGCGCUCUAAAUACUUUGAAAUGUUAUACACAUUUGCUAGUUUCUGUCCCUUCUAUUGUGGGCAUUGGUGAUCCGGUCCUUCAGCAUGGAGACCUUCUAAGAAGCAUAUUAAUGGAUGGAAAUCUUCAAUGGCUCUGUUAUCUAUCGUCGACUAGUGUAUACGGUGACUGUGGUGGUGCUUGGGUGGAUGAGGAUUACCCAGCAAGCCCUACGAGUGAGUUGGCUAAAUCAAGGUUAGCAGCUGAGGAGGGGUGGUUAAAUCUGGGCCAUAGUCUUGGACUCUCAACGCAAGUAUUUCGACUCGGAGGUAUCUAUGGCCCUGGAAGAAGUGCUGUUGAUACAAUAAUUAAGCAGGAACCUUGGUCGAAAAGCCAGAAAAUGAGAACAUCCAAGCAAUACACGUCCAGAGUUCAUGUUGAGGACAUUUGCCAAGCACUCAAGGCUAGCAUCUGCAUGCCAUCCUUCUGGGGAAUUUACAAUAUCGUGGAUGAUGACCCAGCUCCUCGCGAGGAGGUGUUUGCAUAUGCAGAGGACCUGGUGAAGAAGAAGUGGCCUGGCUUGGUAAAACAAAAUACUCCUUCAAGAGCCGAACUAUAUUACAAGAAGGGUAGUUCAAGAAGGGACAAACGUGUUUGCAAUGAGCGAAUGAAAAGAGAACUGGGAGUCACGCUGCUUCAUCCAAGUUAUAGAUCAGGAUUGCUUAGCAUUAUAAAUCAGAUGAAAAAUCCAUGUCAAUAAAAUCUAUCACAAACAUGACAUGUUUUUGGCAAUGGAAUUUUUCUCUCUAAAAUGGAGAUGUCCUUUUCAUUUGUUUACAA